AUGAGCGCAUCUGAUAGGUGUGUCUUAUGCGGGGCUUCGGCAGAGACUAGUCUACAUAUAUGGAAGGAUUGCUCCCAUGCGCUCUCUCUUUGGAACUUAUUGGUUCCGCAGCAGAUUUGGGGUGAAUUUAGAGAGGGAGAGUUGGUACCUUGGUUGAAUUUCAACAUAUUUGGGAAUCGUGGGGAGAAUAAUACUGCUGGUACCUUGGCAGAUUUUGUUCACGGCAGCCUUGUGGUUACUUUGGAAAAGGCGAUCUCGGAGGAUUCAAGCUUGGACCCUUUGCAUCUCGCGAUUAAGGUAAGAGCUUUAGCGAGUGAAGUUGCUAUGGCAUUUGAAUGUCCUAUGCGUGGUGUGAAACCUCAAGUGCGGAUUGCAUGGCAGCCUCCGGAGGAUGGGUUUGUAAAGUUGAAUACUGAAGGGGCAGCUUGUGGGUAA